AACUAAGCCCUGUGAACAAGAUGAUGUUACAUAUGAUUCCAAUGAUACUCCUCCAUCCUUCACGCCAGCCAAGACGUAUCUCUUACAUACAAAUAUUUGGGAAACACUGCGCCAUGCUGAUGCAGAAGAGUACAGACGAUUGCGUAUGUUGCCUGGUGACAUCACCAAUGGAUGUCUUCAUCUCCGGAAAGCAAACACGUUAGGGAUUAGAUGA